AUGCUUCAAACGCACUUUGACACGUUUUUACUCGCAGUUGCUUCGUCCACAGACAACUUCUUAGUAGGAGUUUCCUCUGGGCUGUCCACACCAGCCCCAUCCACGGGAGAGUUUCUCGACAACCACUUUUUCCGAGUCAACUUCGUGGUUGCCCUUUGUAAUGCCUCUGGAACCCUGCUUGCAACAUAUCUUGGGGACACUUUGAGGACGCUUCCCGAGAUAUUGCUGAAGAAGUUGGCAGCAGCAGUGUCCACCUCCUCUUCGCCAGAAUCUUAUCGCAUUAAUUUUUCGGUUCCGUCCUUCCUGGCUGCGGUAGCCUUUGCAUUUUUGGCCUGGAAGGAGUUCCACGACGGAGAUGGAAAGGAUGAAGUUGACAACAAAGGAACCUUGCCGAUGACCUUGAAUAAUCUGGCUGGAGGCGUUGCAGCUGGAGUGAUGGGCAUUUCCAUACUGGAGGCAACAGCUUAUGCAUUCGUGGUGUCACUGGGAUCCAUGUCGUUGGGACAUUCCUUGGCGACGCGGGUAGUGAGCAUGCAGCAGCAGAGUACUAGCCCGCAAGGUAGAAGGGAUGCCAGUCGAUGGUGCCGAAAUAUUGCUGUGCUUGUGUACGUCUUGCUCAGCUUGCAGUCAUUCAUGGGGGUUUAA